UUUUCAGGGAAACACAGUAUAUCUAAACCUAGAUUUGCAAAAUCCUUCCCAGCAAACUGCAUUUCCGCUCCGUCCCCCGACAACCUUGGAGUUGCUGGACAUUCCUCUGCAUUGCCUGCGCUCGCCGCCCACCGCAGUGUCGCUCUGGGUUAUCCAGGGCAGUCUCCACCUCUUGCCUUGAGAUGCACCUGCUACCUGCCUUUCCAUUUUCUCCCCCAUUCCUGUGCCCUGCCUGGGCAGACUCCUCCAGAAGCACGCGUCUCCUCAGGCCCCAUGAUGCACACGUGGAAAAUCCCAGGCACUCGGUAUCUCGUCAUUUCAUUCCUUCUGUUUAAAAAUCCUCAGUUAAUCCCUACUGCCAAUCAAAUGAAGUCUAAAAGCAAAGCCCUCUUUGAUUAGGAAUCAAAAUUCACAACAACCUAGUUUCUGCUGCCUGUACUCUUAAAAAAAACAACAACCAAACUGCUCAGUGUUCUUGUAGGAGUGUGAGUUUCCCUCACCUGCAUAUUUUUGCUUCUGCCUGCAUAUUUUUCCUUGCAUUUCUCAUAUUGCUACCUAACCCAAUUAUAUGGCCCCGGCUCAAAUCUCGAUCCUUCCACAAUAAACGCUGCGUAGUUGCAGCGUGCCCUGGGCGGAGAGGCGGCACCAACGGCAGAGAUGCAGUAAGGGAAGGCUUUGAUUUUUCCAAUCUGAGGAGCCGUUUUCUCUUUACUGUUUUAUACAACAAAUAGAAAUAUAAUUUACAUUUCUGGUUUCUUAUACUGAAAUAUACUUCUGACAGCCACACUUUGUUUCUGCUAAUGAGACAGAUCACCCACCUGCACACGAUGUGAUGCUGCUGCUUCCAUGCAGCUCCCCGAGUCUCCUCUUUACAAUUAGAAGAGAUUUCUGGAUUCCUUAGACACUAUCUUGGUGGCAGAUAACCCUAGCGACCUGUUUUGUUCUUUCUUUAUGUGCUAAACUAAAAUUCACAAUAAAGGCUAAGUCCCUUGAGAACAUAGAAUCUGGUGUUAGCUUUUAAACAUAGUAAGAGCUCAAACAUUUGAAGAUAGUAAAUCUGCCCAUUUUUAUUAUCUACUCUGUAUUUUCCAUCUUUUCUACAAGGACAUUAAUAAAGAUUAUUUAAAAUUUUAGAUGUUUACCAAAAUAAUACUGUGCAUUAAAACUUGGUUAUGAACUCACCCCCACCUCUCCCAUCUCCCAGCUGCCUCCUAAGUAGCUGCCACUUAACUGUGCCUGAAUUUAAUUGUAGUUACUUCAUUAUCUGUUAAAAAAAAAAAGAAAAGAAAAUGUGUAUCCUGCACUCUCUUGCUUUAUUAAGCUUUAUCUCUCAACCUCCUGUUUUGAUGGAAAAGAAUCAACUCACUUAUACUAACUCCCUUCCUCAUUUCUUCCUACUCCCCAUUUUAAAUAGGCGGAACACUCUUUCUAGCUCCUACAGGCUUGCAUUUGUCUCGUUAAAUAAUAAUACCUCAACCUAAAUCUCUUUAACUCCUCACUUUUUAGAAUAAGAAAUUCGUAACCUCUGCCCUUUUACCUCCCUUUUUUCUUUAACAAUGUCUUCCCUUCCCCUCUUUGUUUUCUGUGUAGAAGGCCUGUGCAUUUGGUACAGAAGUGCCUGACUGAUAUGUCUUGUUUUCCCCUUUUCCCUUUUCUCUUUUUGAACUUGUAUAUCUUGAUGCUAUCUUCUUUGCUUCCUUGCUGCUUUGCCUUCUUUGGUUGAAUAUAUAGGUCUCAUUGAUUGAGCAGGUGCAUUAGAAGGAAGACUUGAAGGCAGAGUGUCCAGGGCAGAGGCAGCAGCCAGUGCCCAGGGUUCUCUCGGAGCUGGGAGUGUGGCAGGCGCGGGUGAGUGAAGGAGACCACAGUCCCGGGGACGGGACGGGGACAUGUGGGGGACGGUACGGGGCAGCUCCUUGAGUGCCUGGCAGGCCAUGAAAAGGAUCCAUCAUGAUGCGAUUCUGUCUUCUGGGUGCUAUCUUCUCUCUGACAUAUCUAAGGAAGAUACUGAUGAGGUUUGGAGUUUUGUUUUCAUAUUUGCUUGUUUCUCUUGAGUCUUCUUCUGUUCAUCAAAGUCAGGUUCCCCGGGAUUUUACUUUUUUAUUGGUUUAUCUUGGUCUUUUCUUUCAGACUUCAGAUUUUCUUCUAAGAUCUAGCAAUCCUUGGUUGUUAUUUCAUAUUUAAGAACGAGGUACUAGAACAAAAAGAAUAAGGGACGGAGUAGCUGUCCCGGAUCUGAGUAGCUGUCCCGGAUCUUUGUACGUUCAUGGAUAGGGAGUUGGCACUUUGAGGACUACCUUACUCAAAACGGAAGGUGGAGGAUUUACUCUGGGGCUCUGUCCCCCAUACUAUUAAUAGGUACCCUGGUUUUCUACACCUAAGUUGUUCAGGUUUUUUUAGUGAUGACCCUUCUGAUGUUUUUCCCUCUUGUGCCAAGCUCUUGACUGCCUGCCAUUGAAGGAAGGGGGUGUCAAAGAUUUCUCACAGGUACACCUUUAAUUAAAUCUAAUGUUUUCAGCAACUUCUCACUUACUCCUACUAUAGCAUCUCAUUGGACUUUUUGACAAACAGAUCCCUAUUCUGUCAUCCCUCAUCGGUGCCGGGAUUCUGCACUGCAGCUUCCUUUACCCAUGAGUAAAUGUCACCCUUCACUUUAUGCUUUCCAUUUUACAGAAAUUUGGGGAAAUCACUCGUUUGUUGAUGCUUUCCCUCCACUAUAUUGUAGCAGGAUUAUUACUUCUUUUACAAAUACUCAUUUCAGGGGCCUUAGAAAGAAAGGAGAGACAGUCACGUUUGUGUUCCCAUUCUGCAUCUGAACUGGAAUCCUGUCGGAUUUCACUGAAGGCUUUGCUGAAGUCAAAGAAUACUGUGCUUUUGCCAUUCCUUUAUCUAUGUGCCAGCAAGUCGCUCUACAACAACAAAAAAACUCAGAGGCUGAGAAUGGUGUGGAGGAGAAAAAGAAAAUCUGCAGGUCGCCAACAGCCCAGUCCCCUACCCCGUCCAUGGAGGCCGAGUCCCCAGACCAGAAGAGAAUCAUUUCCCUACGCCCAUGUCUUCUCUCCAAACCUAUGCUUUGUUCAAGACCAAGCGUCAAAAUCCAGUUUUGAUGGUGCCUCUUUAGCAGGUGAUAAGAGCGAUUGUAAAACAGAAAGCAAAAAUGACCCUAAGAGUGAAAGGAAAAAGUCGUCUUCUUCUAGCCAGUACAAAGCAAAUAUGCACUUUCACAAGCUGUUUCUUGAUGUCCCAACAGAGGAACCACUGAGGCAAAGCUUCACCUGUGCUCUUCAGAAAGAAAUACUGUACCAAGGAAAGCUCUUUGUGUCAGAAAACUGGAUUUGUUUUCAUUCCAAGGUCUUCGGAAAAGACACAAAGAUCUCCAUUCCUGUUUUCUCGGUAACCCUAAUAAAGAAAACCAAAACUGCUCUUCUGGUGCCAAAUGCCCUGAUUAUAGCGACUGUCACAGACAGGUACAUAUUUGUCUCCUUACUCUCCAGAGAUUCAACUUACAAACUGCUCAGAUCUGUGUGUGGACACUUAGAAAGCGCAAGUGUUGGUAACAGCCCCAAUCCGUCACCGGCUGAAAAUAGUUUCCGGGCAGAUCGCCCUUCGUCUUUGCCUCUGGAUUUCAAUGAUGAAUUCUCAGAUCUGGAUGGAGUGGUUCAACAAAGGAGGCAAGACAUGGAAGGAUACAGCAGUUCUGGUUCUCAAACUCCUGAAUCCGAGAACUCUCGAGAUUUCCAUGUGACAGAAUCCCAGACAGUUCUGAAUGUCUCCCAGGGAGAAGCAAAACCGGCUCGGGCAGAUGGCCAUGUGAACAGAGUGCCCGAAGGAAAGGCCCGGAGUCUCCCUGCACACGGUCAGUCAGAAACCACUGGACUCUUACAUAAAGUCAGGCCUCAGAAAUGUCCAACUCUCCACCAUAUUCUUAUAUUCUAUGCAGUUGUUGUCUGUGCUCUAAUCAUCUCGACCUUCUACAUGAGAUAUCGAAUUAAUGCUCUGGAGGAGCGGCUGGGGUCACUGACCUCCAUCGUGGACACCCAUGAUACUGAACAGACAGCACCAUCUGGCCUGGGGUCCCACGUACAAUUAAACGCGGAGGUCCUCUGCCAAGAGCUAACAGCUAACAUAGUGAAACUAGAAAAGAUACAAAAUAACUUACAGAAGCUGCUGGAGAACGGCGACUGACCCGGCCCAGGCAAUACCUCACGUGUCCCUGGGGAAGGUGCUCCCCGGCGCUCUGGUUGCGCGCCCCCUGCUGGCCGGAGGCGCGGGCGGAUGAGAACCCAGACGUGUUUGCACUUUCAGGUCUCCAGCUCAGGAAAGGGGGGAAGGGGAAUCAUUUUGGUUCUUGUGCAAUAAAAGUUGACCUUGACUCUCUGAGGAAGUUUUUGCUGCUGCUGCCUGAAGAAAACAGACCCAUCUCUGGAGGCCUCAGGAAGGGCCCGGUAGACGCCCUCUUGGAUGUUUCAGGUUCAGCCACUGUCAUGGUGGUGUCAGCAACACUCCAUGCCUUUUUAGUCCUUACCACCUUCCUUUUUCCUCCCUACAGCCCUCUUAACCAACCUUCAAACUAAGGGACAUGUUACAUUCUAUACCAGCGAAUUCAAUGUGGUUCUUUAAAGAAUUAGCCAUGAGUAUCAAAAGGCAAUAAAUAAAUGAGCAGGCUUACUCCAAACUAAUAACACCUACAUUUUGUUUGUCUUUUUUUUCCUUCCACUGUUGUGUUCUGGUUUAAAUUGCCUGUGUAUUUUAAUUUCUCGAUUCCGUUUUGGCAGGAAUAUCAAAGUAAAGUGGAUGGAAAUAUCCCGUUUACAUUUUGUUGCAGUAACUAGUAGUUAAUUGGAAUGAUUUUCACCCAGCCCAAGUCAGGAAUCUGUGAGGCACAAGACCGAAGUACUAAAUUAAACUUACUUUUAAACCAAAACUAACCUAUAAGCCAAAAGUUGUAAUAGUGAUUUAAUACAGUAUGAAAAACACUGAAUUUUUAAGAUUGUAGGUGGAUUGUGUUAGCAGUUUUGAAACAGGAUGUCUGUAUUCAGCAUUCAGCAACGCUGAAACCCAUUUCAGCAUGACAAUGGUAUAUUUUUCUCCUUUGCUAACUAAAACAAAGAACUCUGGUUUGCUAACU